GACAGCGACAGCGACAGCGACAGCACCGUACCUUAUUCAACGAACUAGGAGGAUCGACCUUUGGAAACAAAUCGGGCGACACGAAGGCUCUGGUAUUGAACACCACCGAAGAGAUGGCACCGAAUCAUGUCGCAAAGAACGGGACCACCGAGUCUCGCGCAAUUAUUGCUGGCCCGCACUUAGGAACUAUCAAAGUUGGCCACCAAUAUAUCUGCGAGUGCCAUAUUCGCCGCAUGUUCGUCGAGAAGCGACUGGAUGCUGCUAGGGAAGCUAACUACCGCCUUCAAGGUGUUCAGGUGAUCGAAUCUACUCGAGAAGCACUUCUACUACCAGUCAAAACCUAUAAUGCCGCGUGCACUUUCUACCAUCGCUUCCGUCUAGAGCAUCCUACUCAUGAUUACAACUACACCGACGCCGCUCUGGCGUCUCUAUUUGUGGCUUGCAAGGUUGAGGACACACUAAAGAAGUCUCGCGAGGUUCUAUGUGCUCACCACAACCUUAAGAACGCAGAUCAUCCAACUACUCAGGACGACAAGAUUUUCGAUCAACCAUCCAAGGUCAUCAUCGGUAUUGAGCGAUACAUGGUUGAGGCCAUCAAUUUCGAUUUUCGCGUCCGCUAUCCCCAGAAGAUUCUUGCCAAGAUCGUAAAGAAGGUCCUUGGAAAGUCAGCUGACCUCACAAGCUUCUUCCCGACUGCUAUGAAGAUGUCUAUUGACUUGUACAAAACUUAUGCGCCUCUAAAGCAUAGUUCGUAUACUUGUGCCCUUGUGGUCGCGCAACUUACCGCGAUGAUCACCGGCCGAUUCGUCGACGAAUUCCAAGCACUUGACCCACUUGAUUGGCACACGGACGAGCAGUGUGUUGCUGAGGUGAUGCUCGAUCUUCUCGACCUUUACGCACAACAUGGCAAGGUCACUAAAGUCGGACCUAUGUUUGACCUGCAAGUUUUUAUCGACACUCAGAUCAAUAUCAACCAAUUCGUCGAGCGCGCUGGCCUCUCACGCUACCUGAACCAAUGCAGAGAGUGCGAAUCUAUCGUGCUCCCCCCUACACCAUCGACAGGCUCCCCCAUGUCACUAAGCACACCCUCCGCCGCAGGAACUAGUACUGUUAAGCGUGGGCCUAAGGGACCUGACGGGGGUACGACGCGAUUCGUCUUUGACGCCGAUGAAGCAGUACGAGAGAAAAAGGUCUACGACGAGCACACCAAGGAUGAUUGGGAAGAAUGGGAAGAAGAAAUCGAGGAGCCGAUUCCGGACUCUCGUGAAGACCGACGUCACGAGCCCCGCGGCCCUAGGGGACCUCGUGGUCAUGGUCAUGGUCCUGGUCACGGACGUGGUCACGGCCGAGGCGGUUUUGACCCGGGCUGGACUCCUCGCAACCGACACGAUCGUCGUCGUCGCGGCGGUGGUUUUUAUUAAUCCAUCCCAAUAGCAUCAUUUCUCGGCGACUAGUUGUUUUUACGGAAAGGGGGGUUUUCGAAAUACGCAUAUGGAUCUGGAAAAGGUUUCAGGAUGACAGCCUCGUUGGGCUGGUACGUGCAUUAUUGAACGGAGUAUGGAUUGAUACCCCAUCUGGAAUUUGUGUUGCGGUAAAGCAUUUGCAAUCGUCAUAUUCGGCGGCUCAUGUAGCAUAGGUGUUACGUUAGGUGUUGCUCUGGCUUUGGCUUUGUUGACUGUAUAGAAGAUGUAGGCAAUGGACUCGUUAUUCGUUGUAGUGACUGAGAGAUGAUUAUGUACAUGUCUCCCGAGAAGAUAGCUUGCUAGCUCUAAAACUAUGUGCCCG